GCCCAGGUGAAUAUAUCUAAGCCGGCUAAAGCCCGUUACUCUAAAAAAAAACCUAGUCGCAAAUUCACAAUCAUCUGAGAAUAGUGAAGAAGCAUUAGAUCAACCGGAAAAAAAAUGGGAAUAGAGAAGGAAAUUCUCAGGCCAGGCUCCGGUCCCAAGCCGGUAUCCGGUCAGAAAGUCACCGUUCAUUGCACUGGUUAUGGGAAAGAUAGGGAUCUCUCUCAGAAGUUCUGGAGCACCAAGGAUCCUGGGCAGCAAACAUUUUCAUUCAAUGUUGGCAAAGGAAAUGUGAUUAAAGGAUGGGAUGAAGGUGUGCUCGGAAUGCAAGUGGGUGAAGUUGCUCGUUUAACGUGCACUCCGGACUAUGCUUAUGGCGCUGGCGGAUUUCCUGCAUGGGGAAUACAACCUAACUCCACCCUGGUGUUUGAGAUUGAAGUGUUGAGCGCUCAGUAAUUAGCUGCUUACAUUUUAGUAAAACCAUUUUCACAAAACCAAGAAUAAGAUGUAGAACUAUGGUUGUCUGAUUAUCUGCUUGACUUAACAUGUAUGUGCUAUUGUGCAAUGCUAGUAUUCAUCUUUGUGUGCAUCAAGCCUUA